AUGAAGUUCUCCGUUCUUUCUCUCCUCGCUCUUGCUGCUGGUGCCAUCGCUGCACCGGCUCCAGUUCCUGCCCCAGAAGCUGCCCCGGAGCCAGGCCAGACGUACAAGAACUACGGAUCUUAUCCCAAGCAGUACUCCAACUAUGGCAGCUACAACUACAAGAAGUAUUCCAACUACGGACACUACAAGCGGGAUGAAGAGGUAGAGAAGCGUGAGGCCGCACCCGAGCCUGAGCCAGAACCCGGCUACUCUCACUAUGGAAGCUACCCUCCUAAGAAGUACACCAACUAUGGAAGCUACAACUACAAGAAGUAUUCCAACUACGGACACUACAAGCGCGACGAAGAUGUAGAGAAGCGCGAGGCCGAGCCUGAGCCUGCUGGCAAGUACUCUAGCUAUGGAACAUACCCAACCAAGUACUCCAACUACGGAUCGUACCCCACGAAAUACACCAACUACGGCUCUUACAACUACAAGAGUUACGGAACCUAUGGCACAUACAAGAGAGCCAGCGACUGGGUCAAGUCCUUUUUCUAA